AUGUCACCGUGCCUGAACACUUGGUCACCUCUUGGACCACUUGGCGUUGAUCCCCCUCAAGGUACUUGGUGUCACCCACCCAACACACUCGAUCAUCCCCCUGGGACACUUGGCACCACCCCCCCGGGGCACUCGGACACCCGGUUCUGGGCCGCUCGCUGCCCCCCCCCGCCCGCCGAACGUGGUCGCGCCCCGAUCGCCCCUCCCGCUAACGGGGGCGGGGGCAGACCCGGGGGCGUGGCCUGGCGGGGGCGGACCAAUGGAGCGCGGGGCGAGGAGCGAGGAGCCAAUGGAGCGCGGGAGGCGGGGCCAGCAGUGCCGAGGGGCGGAGCCAGUGGUGCCCAUGCCAGUGGGCGGUGGCGCUGCGGGGGGGAUGCGGGUGGGGGUGUUGGCGGUGCGGGUGUGGGUAUGGGUCUGGUGAUGAUGCGGGUGUUGGCGGUGCGAGUGUGGGCGGUGCAUGGGGGUGUGGAGCCGGAUCUGCUGCUGGUGUGCGGUGGUUGGGCCGCCUGCUACGAGCAGGAUGUGGCGGCACUGGGCUAUCGGACACCGCACCUGGCCGCCGCUUCGGUUGCCUCCGCCUUCCCGGGCGUGGCUGCUCCACUCUCCCGGCAGGGCCGUGAGGUGACGGCACCGUCUGUCCGUCUGUCCCCGCAGCUCCACCGCCGCGGCUUCCGCUGCCUGCACGGUGUGGACGGCAGCGCUGGGAUGCUGGAGCGGGCGCGGAGCACCGGGCUCUACCGGGAGCUGCGGCAGUGCCCCUGCCCAGAGGGAGCGGAGCACUGCGAUGCCGUGACCGUGGUUGGGGCCCGAGGCGAGGGGCAGGUGCGGGUCACAGCCCGGUGGCCUGCCAGCUGGCUCCAGGCAGGGUGUCACUGCCUCUCUUUGCUUCCUCCUUCCCGAGGGAAUGCCAUCCCCAGCGGGAGACAGCACUGGUGUCACCUGUCCCCUCUCCCUACUGGAGGUUCCCUCUGCCUGACCAGCCGGAGCAACCCCUCCAGCCUGCGGUACCGGGCAGAGCUGGAGGCAGCGCUGGGGAGGCAGGGAGCCUGGCACAAGGUGCUGGCCCAGGAGGUGGAGCACUGGGAAAAGGCCACCUCCGAGGAGGAGAGCACCCAGGGCACUGGCUGCAUCUCCGGGAUGGUUUACAUCCAUGGGAAAUGCCCCGUGCCCGCCCUCCAGCAGGGCUCAGGGGGUCGGGGUGGGGUGUGGGUGUGUACCUUGUAGUGAACAUCCCUGUUGCCUUCCCCAGCUC